ACCGGCGCACCCCUCCUCUCUUUUCUUAUCUGUGCUUCCCGUGCGGCGCUGGAGAACUGACGCUGAUGGCGAGUCUGACCUCAUGGACCCACACCAAACGGGAUAGUAGAAGCAGCUGGAGCACGUCACGGCGCCGCGCUGGGUUGGUGGGGGCGCACCGCAGUCCGCACCGGACCUCGAGAGGGGAGGAGAGGAGAUGGGAGGGGUCAACGAGGUGGGAGCAGACAGGAAGGCUCGGGGCUCCUUCCUCCUAUAAACCCACCGCACCUGCCUUAGAGGCUCCCAUUUUCUCGGCCGGGAGCCGCAAUUCCAUCCUGCUGCUAGGGCAUCUGAUAAAGAUAAACGAUAAAAUAUCUCCUUUUUUUUGGCGGAAUAGCAUCUUGAGGUAUGGGGAAAGGACGAUGCAUGACAGCGUGAGGAUUUGAUAUCUCGUGAUCUGGAAUCUCUGUUCUUUGUGUUGGGUUGAUCUGCUUCCUGUUCUUGAAAUUCAUAGUGGGGACAAACAAGGGAAGUUGUUUACUGAACCUUUAUUUGAUUAUUAGGAGAUUUGGGAUCUUUGAUUUGAUCUCAUUAGGGUCUUUUGAUUGAACUGAACAGUCAUAAUCCUCUCACGACUCAACUCUUUGAUCGACCUUUGGGUUGCGUGUCUUGAAGUUUUCAUCCAUCCUUCUGUUUGCCUCAACUAGAGUUACAUACUCACCCAAUAGAACAAUUCUAUGCCCGGUGAUUGUACCUCCUGAAGUAGAAGAGCAUACUGAAGCAGAACUCGAGUGGUGUUGGAUCGAAAUGGAAGGCGGGAUGUCAAGUUUGGAAGCCGCCAUGAAAGCUUCUUCAUCGAUGGCAAGCAGCAUGGCAAGGAAUGCUGACCCUAACCAACAGACUCUCCGCCCCAAUUUAGUGGAGCAGUUCUAUUUUCCAAGACCUGGUCAAUCUUUGCCAGGCAUUCCUCCAUUUUUUGGGCCUCCCUCUAGUUUGUAUCUUCCUAAUGACAAUGAAGCUAAAUUUGGCAACAACUUUGAAUCAAAUCCUUCACAGAAUACAGAUUGGAACCCACAGGCAAUAGUGAGCAACCUAACCUUCCUUGAGCAGAAGAUCAAGCAGGUAAAGGAUAUUGUGCAGUCCAUGAGUAACCGAGAGAACCAAGUAGCUGGUGGUUCCUGUGAGGUAGCUGCAAAGCAGCAGCUCAUAACCGCUGACCUCACUAGCAUUAUAAUCCAGCUCAUAUCUACUGCGGGUUCGCUGCUCCCUUCAAUGAAGAACCCACUUCUUAGCAGCAAUCCAGCAGUCAGGCAGCUUGGCAACACUCUUGGUUCUCCUACGGGCUUUGGCAUGAAUGCUAAUCAGCGACCAAGCGUAGACAGCAAGACCGAUAUUCCUGACACAGGAAAAACUUCUGAUUAUGAGGAGCUGAUGAAUACCCUUAAUACUAGUCAAGCUGAAAGAGAUGAGCUGAUCAAAUGCCCAAAUCCCUGUGGUGGGGAAGGGUCUGAACUGACUCCGAUGGAGGACCAUGAUGUGAAGGAGAGUGACGAUGGUGGUGAGGGAGAGAAUCUCCCCCCUGGUUCAUAUGUAAUCUUGCAACUGGAAAAGGAGGAGAUUUUAGCACCACAUACUCAUUUCUGCUUGAUCUGUGGUAAGGGUUUCAAAAGAGAUGCUAACCUAAGGAUGCACAUGAGGGGCCAUGGAGAUGAGUACAAGACUCCAGCUGCUCUUGCCAAACCCACAAAAGAUUAUGGUGCAGAUCAUGCACCGGUUACAAGGUACUCAUGCCCAUUUGUGGGUUGCAAACGGAACAAGGAGCACAGGAAGUUCCAGCCUCUCAAAACAAUCUUGUGUGUGAAGAACCAUUACAAGAGAAGCCACUGUGACAAGAGCUACACCUGCAGCCGUUGCAACACCAAGAAGUUCUCUGUCAUCGCGGACUUGAAGACUCAUGAGAAGCACUGUGGUCGUGACAAGUGGCUCUGUUCUUGCGGAACGACCUUCUCCAGGAAGGACAAGCUUUUUGGACAUGUUGCGCUUUUCCAAGGCCACACACCUGCGCUCCCCGUGGAAGACGGGGAUGUACCAGAAGGUUCAGAGCAGCCUCAGGACGGCGAACCAACGAAUGAAAUGGCGAGGAGCAUGGUGUAUAGCUUCCCGUGUAGCUCGUCUGAUGGUUUAUUGAACCUCGACAUGAAAAUGGCUGAUGACGUGCGUGGUUAUCUCUCGCCGCUGAGCUUUGAUAAUUGCUUUGGCGCGUUUGACGACUUCACUCGCCCUGGAUUUGACAUCUCUGAGAACCCCUUCUCCUUCCCGCCUUCAGGAUCUUGCAGUUAUGGGCAGCAGAACGGUGAUAGCUGAUGGAUGCCGCCAUCGAUGAUGACUACACCGCGGCACUGUCAACCUUUAUGUAUGUUGUUGCAUGAUGCUAGUUUGGUUCAUCCUCUGUUCAAGAGCCAUUUUAGGCUAUGCCUUUAACUUUCUUAAGUGUACCUCCGUUUGUGGUCAUUAAUAAUGAUCAAGGACUUCUAGAUAGCCCCAAUUUUCUGCAUACAUAUGCAAGGAUUGCUGGUUCAUUUGGUUGAA